AUGUCGUCCAAACUACUGGUGUCGUUGAAGGGCGUGAAACCUGCCAGAUUGCAAGGUAUAGCGUCGAUUCUGGCAGCCAAUCACAGCCCCGUCAAUAGAGUGAUACAGACCGGUACCAAGAGAGUCGGUUACUCCAAAAGAUGCGUUUCGAGCGUUAGCGGUGUGGGCACUGAGGGAACCAGAUCUACCGUGGUGCAGUUGCUGAACAACAUUGGCUCCAAACGCGAAGUAGAACAGUAUCUGAAAUACUUCACAUCCGUGUCACAACAACAAUUCGCAAUCAUCAAGGUUGGUGGUGCUAUCAUCAGCGACAACCUGCAAGAACUGGCUUCAUGCUUGGCUUUCUUGUAUCACGUGGGGCUAUACCCAAUCAUCCUACACGGUACGGGUCCACAGGUCAAUGGUAGACUGGAAGCCCUGGGCGUCGAGCCGGACUACAUCGAUGGUAUCAGGAUAACUGACGAGCGUACCAUGUCAGUGGUGAGACAGUGUUUUUUGGAGCAGAACCUCAAGCUGGUCACAGCCCUAGAGCAGCUAGGCGUGCGUGCCAGACCCAUCACCUCUGGAGUGUUCACCGCUGACUAUCUCGACAAGGACAAAUACAAGCUGGUUGGUAACAUCAACGGCGUUUGCAAGGACCCAAUCGAGGCCUCGAUCAAGGCAGGUGCUUUGCCUGUUUUGACCUCUCUGGCAGAAACCGUUUCCGGACAGACUUUGAACGUUAAUGCCGACAUCGCCGCUGGUGAACUAGCCCGUAUUUUCGAACCUCUCAAGAUUGUGUAUCUCAACGAGAAGGGUGGUAUCAUCAACGGCAACACAAAGGAAAAAGUGUCGGUCAUCAACUUGGACGAGGAGUACGACGACCUCAUGCAGCAAAGCUGGGUUAAGUACGGUACCAAGUUGAAGAUCAAAGAGAUCAAAGAACUGCUCGACUUCCUACCCCGCUCGUCCUCUGUGGCCAUCAUCAAUGUUCAGGACUUGCAGAAGGAAUUGUUCACAGACUCUGGAGCCGGUACCAUGAUCAGACGCGGCUAUAAGCUAGUCAGAAGAUCUAAUCUUGGCGAAUUUCCCUCUCCAGACUCCUUGAGAAACGCCCUUCAAAGAGAUCCCGAUAUCGCCUCAGGCGCCGAGUCCGCAGCCUCUUACCUGCGUAACCUUUCCUCUUCCCAAUUUGUGUCGUAUUCCGAUGAACCUAUGGAGGUUUUGGCUAUUGUCAAAGAAAACAGUCUCGUUUCCCAGCUGGAAAAGUUUUUGUGUUCCAAGGUCGGAUGGUUAAACAAUGUGACUGACAAUGUGUUUUCAUCUUUGAAGCGAGACUUCCCAUCGCUACAGUGGGUUGUCAGAGAAGAUGACGAGAACAUCUCUUGGCAUUUUGGUAAAAGUGAAGGAUCUUACUUGAAAAAUGGAAAAGUUUUGUUUUGGUACGGGGUAAAAGAUUUGAAUACAGUGUCGCAGCUGGUUAAGGACUUUUCCGCUUCCGUUGCGCCAACCACCUCUCCAGCCGGACAUAAAUCUAAUGCGUUCUCCUCAAGCCAGUCGACAAGAUCAUAUUCGACAAGGAGCGCGCCUAAGCCACAAGGAGUGAACAAAGAGAAAGCUCGCGUUGCCCUUAUAGGUGCAAGAGGUUUCACAGGAAGAAACCUGAUUGCCUUGAUAGACCAACAUCCUCAUUUGGAGCUCGCUCACGUUUCCUCUCGUGAAUUAAAGGGUAAGAAGCUUGAAGGGUACUCUAAAGGUGAGAUCAUAUACGAAAAUCUGAGCGUUGACGAUUUGAAAAGACUUGAAGCCGAGGGCGGUGUUGACAUGUGGGUGAUGGCUUUGCCCAACGGUGUUUGCAAGCCAUUUGUGGAAGCCAUUGAAAGCGUGAAGGGAAAAUCCAAGAUUAUUGAUUUAGGUGCAGACUACAGAUUUGUCCCCGAGACUGAGUGGGCCUACGGACUACCAGAACUAAAUGAAAGACAGAAGAUUGCCGCCGCUAAAAAGAUUGCGAACCCAGGGUGUUACGCAACUGGUGCUCAGGUUGCUAUUGCUCCUUUGCUCGAAUUCAUUACAGGUUUGCCAACCGUUUUCGGUGUCUCUGGGUACUCCGGUGCCGGUACAAAGCCGUCGCCUAAGAAUGACCCAGCAUUUUUGAGUGAUAACUUGAUCCCAUACAGUCUGACGAAUCACAUUCACGAACGCGAAAUUUCGACCAGAAUGGGGCGCGAGGUCGCGUUUGUUCCACAUGUAGCGCAAUGGUUCCAAGGUAUUUCACACACAAUCUCAAUUCCUAUCAAGAAGGGUUCCUUGACUUCUGAACAAAUCCAUGAAUUGUACGAGAAGUUUUAUGAGGGUGAACGCCUGGUGAAAGUAACUGAAGAUGUCCCACUAGUCAAAUCUAUUUCCGGUACACAUGGUGUCCUAGUUGGUGGAUUCAAGGUGAAUGAUGCUCAAGACCGUGUUGUUGUUUGUGCUGCAAUCGAUAACCUAUUGAAGGGUGCAGCCACGCAAUGUCUGCAGAACAUCAACCUGGCUUUAGGAUAUGGUGAAUAUGACGGAAUUCCCGAAAACAAGAUCGCCCAGAAGUAA